UCAGAGAACCACGCUACCGGAAGCGGAAAUAGCACCCGGCGCCGCCAGAGUAACCAUAACUGCCACCGCGAUGCCGAAGGGUCCCAAGCAGCAGCCGCCGGAACCCGAGUGGAUCGGGGACGGGGAGGGCACGAGCGCCGCAGACAGAGUGGUGAAGAAAGGGAAGAAGGACAAGAAGAACAAAAAGACGUUCUUUGAAGAGCUGGCAGUAGAAGAUAAACAGGCUGGGGAAGAAGAGAAAGUGCGCAAGGAGAAGCAGCAGCAGCAGCAGCAGCAGCAGCAGCAGCAAAAAAAGAAACGAGAUACCCGAAAAGGCCGGAGGAAGAAGGAUGCGGAUGAUGAUGACGAAGAGAAGGAACUGCUGGAGCGCCUGCAGAAGCUCUCUGUGCCCGCCAGUGACGAGGAGGGAGAGGUGCCUGCCCUGAAACCCCGAGGAGGGAAGGAGACCAAGGGGGGCAAUGCUUUUGCAGCCCUGAUUCAGGAUCAGAGUGAGGAAGAGGAGGAGGAAGAAAAACACCCUCCUAAGCCUGCCAAGCCGGAGAAAAAUCGGAUCAAUAAGGCUGUAUCUGAGGAACAACCAGGACUCAAGGGCACCAGGGGAAAGGAAGAGAAGUCAACAGGGAAAGCCAAGCCUCAGAGUAAAUUUUCCGCUCUGGACAGUGAAGGUGAAGAGGAUGGAGGAGAAACACUGACAAAAGAAAAAGAGCCGCCCAAGCAAGGGAAGGAGGAGGCCAAGAAGGCAGAGCAGGGUUCCGAGGAGGAAGGAGAGGAGGAAGAAGGGGAGUCUAAGGCCAAUGAUCCCUAUGCCCACCUUAGCAAAAAAGAGAAGAAAAAGUUGAAGAAACAGAUGGAGUACGAGCGCCAGGUGGCAUCAUUAAAGGCCGCCAACGCUGCUGAGAACGACUUCUCCGUGUCGCAAGCAGAGGUGUCCUCUCGCCAGGCCAUGCUAGAGAACGCGUCUGACAUCAAGCUAGAGAAGUUCAGCAUCUCUGCCCACGGCAAGGAGCUGUUCGUCAACGCAGACCUGUACAUAGUGGCUGGCCGCCGCUAUGGGCUAGUGGGGCCCAACGGCAAGGGCAAGACCACUCUCCUCAAGCACAUUGCCAACCGCGCCUUGAGCAUCCCCCCCAACAUCGAUGUGCUGAUCUGCGAGCAGGAGGUGGUAGCGGAUGAAACACCCGCAGUGCAGGCUGUUCUUCGAGCCGACACCAAGCGACUAAAGCUGCUGGAGGAGGAGCGACAGCUUCAGGCACAGCUGGAGCAGGGCGACGACACGGCAGCUGAGCGGCUGGAGAAGGUGUAUGAGGAACUGAGGGCUACUGGUGCGGCAGCCGCAGAGGCCAAAGCCCGGCGGAUCCUGGCUGGUCUGGGGUUCGAUCCUGAAAUGCAGAAUCGGCCCACACAGAAGUUCUCGGGAGGCUGGCGCAUGCGUGUCUCCCUGGCCAGGGCGCUGUUCAUGGAGCCCACGCUGCUGCUGCUGGACGAGCCCACCAAUCACCUGGACCUCAAUGCUGUCAUCUGGCUGAACAACUACCUGCAGGGCUGGCGGAAGACGUUGCUCAUCGUCUCCCAUGACCAGGGCUUCCUGGAUGACGUCUGCACUGACAUCAUCCACCUGGACGCCCAGCGGCUCCACUACUACAGGGGCAAUUACAUGACCUUCAAGAAGAUGUACCAGCAGAAGCAGAAGGAGCUGCUGAAGCAGUACGAGAAGCAGGAGAAGAAGCUGAAGGAGCUGAAGGCGGGCGGCAAGUCCACCAGGCAGGCGGAAAAGCAAACAAAGGAAGCCCUGACUCGGAAGCAGCAGAAAUGCCGACGAAAAAACCAGGACGAGGAAUCGCAGGAGGCCCCCGAGCUCCUGAAGCGCCCCAAGGAGUACACUGUGCGCUUCACGUUCCCCAACCCCCCGCCGCUCAGCCCUCCUGUGCUGGGCCUGCACGGUGUGACGUUUGGCUACGAGGGAGGAGUCUGCAUCGUGGGCCCCAACGGCGUGGGGAAGAGCACGCUGCUCCUGCUGCUGACGGGCAAGCUGACGCCGACUCAGGGGGAAAUGAGAAAGAACCACCGGCUGAAAAUUGGCUUCUUCAACCAGCAGUAUGCAGAGCAGCUGCACAUGGAGGAGACGCCCACUGAGUACCUGCAGCAGGCCUUCAACCUGCCCUACCAAGAUGCCCGCAAGUGCCUGGGCCGCUUCGGCCUCGAGAGCCAUGCCCACACCAUCCAGAUCUGCAAACUCUCUGGGGGGCAGAAAGCCCGAGUCGUGUUUGCGGAGCUGGCCUGUCGGGAGCCCGAUGUGCUGAUCUUGGAUGAGCCCACCAACAACCUGGACAUCGAGUCCAUCGACGCUCUGGGCGAGGCCAUCAACGAGUACAAGGGCGCUGUGAUCGUGGUCAGCCACGACGCCCGGCUCAUCACAGAAACGAGCUGCCAGCUGUGGGUGGUGGAGGAGCAGAGUGUCAGCCAGAUCGACGGCGACUUUGAGGACUACAAGCGGGAGGUGCUGGAGGCCCUGGGGGAAGUCAUGGUCAACCGCCCCCGAGAAUGACCUUCCUUCCCUCCCCGUGGGCUCCACAGGCCAGGAUGCCACUUGGCUGCCUUUCCGGAAAGACUCAGCCGCUUGCUUUUCUUCAUAUAAAUGAGGUGGCCUUGUGCCUGACACCCUCCGCACUAGCAGAGGUGACGUGACCUUUGUUAUCGUGGGUUCAUCCGGCCAGACUUCUGUGGCCAGUGGUCCCGAGUCUCCUCGUUCCUCAAUGCCUCUCAUCCACCUGAGGGGCUGUGGCCCAGGGCUCUGGCAGUGCUGCUUUUUCCGUGGAUUCCAUGCUGACCUGGUGACCAUGCGAAGGGCUGUGGCAGCUCUGCUCGGGAGAGGGGGGCCUGCGUCGUGUCUGCAUGCAGGCUGGGGCAGGAGAGUGCUGCUGACCUUGAAUGUCCCUGUGCCAUGGGGAGGAAUAAAGGAAGGUGUUGCUGCCCGUUCA